UUGCAUUCACUAGCAGAGGGAAUGGGAAAGAAAAAAACAUGAAAACAGAAUCUUAGAAUGUUACGUUUCUAUCUAGAAAAAAAAAUAAAUGAAAAUAUACCAAAUCGCUGAAAGACUCUUUUCUUUUCUUUUUUUUUUUUUUUUUUUUUUGACUAAGCUAAUGGAAAUAAGAAGCCGGAUCGCACAGGAAUAUUGUGCAUUCAAGCCCCUUUUUUGCUAAAUCAUUAAGGAUGAACAAUUGAGGAAGAGAAUUUCUGCUCAUUCUGUUAACAUUGCAUUAAAUAUUGAUCAAAUUAUUAAUAGUCGCCCUACAAUCCUGUUUUGUCAUAGUGGGGCAACAUGUAUUAUUAAUUUGCUUGCACAAUUUUUUUUCCUGUUUUGUAACGAAUGUUGUGGAAUCGAUAUUUAUGCAACAAAAAUGAAGAAGUUUCAUGAUUUAAAUCUUUAAUUAAAGCAGCUGUUAUAUGCGACGGUGACAGGAUUUUUUAAAAGCCUUUUUAUUGAUUGAAAUAAGUUUUAUUGUUAUCAUUAUUAAGAGCUAUUUAGUGGCUAUUCAUUUAAUCAAAAUGAGGUCGUUUUACGACUUUCUGAACUAUACCUAAAAUUAGUGGAAACCACAGAACGUGAAUACAACAUCGUUGAGUCUUUAAUUGAAACUAUAAUAUAAAUGUGACAGCGUUUAUUUUAUCUUUGUACAUAUACAAUGAAGAAGUUUAAUUUUCGAAAGGUUUUAGAUGGCUUGACUGCCUCCUCCCCAGGCAGCGCUAGCGGAACUUCAACAUGCCCAGGUGGGACCACUGGUGUCCCUGCAGUAGGAGUGGCUCCCAAGGAAACAGAAGUUCAAGAAACCCUCGCUUCGGAAAACUUUCAGAUCUGUAAGACGGUACGUCAUGGCUUCCCAUAUCAGCCCACUGCCUUGGCUUUCGACCCAGUGCAAAAAAUUGUGGCCAUUGGAACAAGAACAGGAGGUGUACGAAUAUUGGGCAGACCUGGCGUCGAUUGCUAUUGUCAACAUGACAGCGAAGCAGCUGUUCUACAGCUCCAGUUUCCAAUCAAUGAGGGUGCUCUUGUCACUGCAUGUGCUGAUGACACUCUUCACCUCUGGAACCUGCGACAAAAACGUCCAGCAAUCCUCCAUUCACUCAAAUUCAACAGAGAGCGGAUUACCUUCUGCCAUAUUCCAUUCCAAAGUAAAUGGCUGUAUGUGGGUACAGAGAGAGGAAAUACACAUGUAGUAAAUAUCGAGUCCUUCAUCCUCUCAGGAUACAUCAUCAUGUGGAACAAGGCGAUAGAACUAGCAACAAAGACCCACCCUGGCCCUGUGGUGCACUUAAGUGACAGUCCUAGGGAUGAGGGAAAGAUGCUGAUAGGCUUUGAAAGUGGAACAGUAGUGUUAUGGGACCUCCGAGCAAAAAAACCAGACUUCAGAUUUUACUAUGAUGAGGCCAUUCAUUCUGUAAGCUGGCAUCAUGAAGGCAAACAGUUCAUGUGCAGCCAUUCCGACGGCAGUCUGACCAUGUGGAAUCUGAAAAACACUGCCAAACCUUUCCAGAUCACCUUUCCACAUGCAAAAAGCCAGAGAGAUGGAAAGAAACCAGACCCAUGCAAACCAAUCUUGAAAGUGGAAUACAAGACAUCAAGGAGCAGUGAGCCAUUUAUUAUCUUCUCUGGAGGGCUGUCGUAUGAUAAAGCAGGUCGAAGACCUAGUUUGACAAUCAUGCAUGGUAAAUCUAUCACAGUGCUGGAAAUGGAUCACCCCAUAGUGGAAUUCUUAACACUUUGUGAAACUCCCUAUCCAAACGAAUUCCAGGAGCCUUAUGCAGUAGUUGUGCUGCUUGAAAAGGACUUUAUCGUUGUGGACCUAACACAAAGCCACUUUCCUAUCUUUGAAAACCCAUAUCCUAUGGAUAUUCAUGAAUCCCCAGUUACCUGCACAGCAUACUUUGCUGACUGCCCUCCAGAGCUAAUCCCUGCUCUUUACUCUGUAGGUGCCAAACACAAAAAGCAAGGCUACAGCAAUAAGGAAUGGCCAGUCAGUGGUGGGACCUGGACACUGGGAGCACAGACAUAUCCUGAAAUUAUUAUUACAGGGCAUGCUGAUGGAUCAAUAAAGUUUUGGGAUGGAUCUGCCAUAACCCUUGAGAUGCUGUACAAGCUGAAAACAUCCAAGGUGUUUGAAAAGCAGAAGGUGGGAGAGGGGAAGCAGGUAGCGGAGAUUGUGGAAGAGGACCCAUAUGCCAUACAGAUGAUCAGCUGGUGUCCUGAAAGCAGGAUCCUAUGUGUCACAGGCAUCUCAGCUCAUGUCAUACUUUACAGAUUCAGUAAACACGAGGCUACUACUGAAAUAGUGUCACUAGAGGUUCGGCUUCAGAAUGAUGUGGAGGACAUUAUCACUCCAGAGGCGACUGAGAAUAUCUCUCCAUACACAGAGCCUUCCCAGCCCAUUACAGGAAGCCCCAGCAAUGUCUCUCCAGAGGGAAUAAAGGACAGCAUCCCCUGCCUCAAGGUGAAGUCUCGCCCAGUAAGAAUGCCCCAAGGCUACCAGGCAGAACUGGUAAUACAGCUGGUGUGGGUAGAUGGAGAGCCUCCCCAACAAAUAGCAAGCCUGGCUGUGAACUCAGCCUAUGGCUUGGUUGCAUUUGGGAAUUCCAAUGGCCUAGCUGUGGUGGAUUUCAUCCAGAAGACAGUUCUGCUCAGCAUGGGAACCAUUGACCUUUACGGUUCCAGUGACCCAUACCUGCGACAGCUUCGCUCUCCACGCAGAAGCAAGCAGCUCCCAGCAGACACCUUUUGCAUGCGCGGCCUGUCUAACAUUUAUUCAGAUUCAAAGAAAAGGAUUCGUACAUCCCACCAGAGUCUAUCUGAGCUGUCUGACAGCCCUGUUUCCUUGGAGCUAGAACGCUGCAAGUCUCCCACAUCAGUUCCUCCCCCAACCACAUCUCAUAAUGAUCCCCGCACCUUUCCAGACACCCCAGCAAAUGUGAAAGCAAGCCACUGCAGCCCAGUUUUUUACUUGCUGGACAAUGUUAAAGGACCAAGAAAGUUAAGUCUGCCGACAGAUCUUAAGACUGAUCUUGAUAAUGUAAAUGGACAUUGCACUAGCCCCACCUCACAGCCCUGCAGCACUGGGAAGCGCGUCUCUGCCACUGAAGGUGCUAAACUGAACCGCUGGGGUCCUAGCCGACCCCCUUUCCGAAAAGCACAGUCUGCUGCUUGCAUGGAGAUCUCUUUGCCUGCCUCCCACACAGAAGUAGGUUACGCAUCAAGACGGGCAAUGCUUCAGCAAUUACAUGGAAUCAGUAUUUACUCGCAAGAUGAACACCACUCUGCCAGUUACACAUGGAGUGAGAAAGAAAGCCGGGACAAUUCCUUCAGCCGCUCCCGUAGCUCCAGUGUGUCCAGCAUUGACAAGGAAUCCAAGGAAACCAUAACAGCACUGUACUUCAUGGACUCGUAUGGGCGUAAGAACGAUGGGACUCUCUCGCCAUGUCUUUGGGUCGGGACCAGCCUAGGGGUGGUACUGGUCAUCUCUUUAAACCUGCCCUCUGGUGAGGAACAGAGGCAAAGUGAACCAGUCAUGGUGGCUCCCAGCGGGACCGUGUUGAUGCUUAAAGGAGCAGUGCUGACGUUUUCAUCUGUUGACUGUGCCGGUGGGCUGAUCCACCCUCCCUACGAGGUGUGGAGGGACCCGAACAGCAUGGAUGACAAUGAGAAACCUCGCAAGCGUAAACUUGUAACCUUCUCGCCCUCCUCUUCUCAGGAUAUGGGGGAUUACCAUUUUGCAGUCAUCUGUUCGGAGAAACAGGCCAAAGUCUACUCACUGCCUUCCCAAAACUGCCUUUACGCGCAUAGCAUCACAGAGUCGUCGUUUGUGCUAAGGGCAGAUGUUGUUACAGUUUGUAAUAGUGUCUGCCUGGCUUGCUUCUGUGCAAAUGGACAUAUCAUGACACUAAGCUUGCCUAGCCUUCGACCAAUGCUGGAUGUAAACUAUCUACCUUUGACAGACAUGAGGAUUGCUCGAACUUUCUGCUUUACAAAUGGAGGGCAGGCGCUGUUCCUGAGCUCUCCUACGGAGGUUCAGCGCAUUACCUUCAGCCAGGAGAUGUGUGAAAACCUGCAGGACAUGUUGGGAGAGUUGUUUACACCAGUGGAAACCCCAGAGGCUCAAAACAGAGGAUUUCUAAAAGGACUCUUUGGAGGAAGUGGACAGACAUUUGACAGGGAAGAACUCUUUGGGGAGGCAGCUGCAGGAAAGGCCUCGCGGAGUCUUGCUCAGCAUAUUCCUGGCCCUGGGAGCAUGGAGGGGAUGAAGGCUGCUGCUGGAGGGGUAGUUGGAGAUCUGGCACGGGCCCGUAUCGCUUUGGAUGAGAGAGGGCAGAGACUGGGAGAACUGGAGGAUCGCACAGCUGCCAUGAUGGGGAGCGCAGAGUCAUUUUCCAAACACGCACAUGAGCUGAUGCUAAAAUGCAAGGACAAGAAGUGGUAUCAGUUGUAAUGCUGGGAGACACUUGGCUUCUUAAGUAUACUGUAGCAGUUGGGGAAAUGGACCUGAGCCAUGUCACUGGGAAGAAAGAAUAGUUAUCUUAGAUUCUUGUUUUGCCCCCAUGAAGUUAUUUGGAUUCAAUUUGUGGGAAAAGAAAAAUGGAAGGUCUAAAGACAGCUGAUGAGACUUUGCUGUGUUGGACACGAUAUUGCCAAACUUGGGUUAGUUUAAGAAUAUGUUCUCUGUUUCCAUGUUCUGUGCUGCGUAAUUAUCCCAGGACCCUUGGGAAAAUGCCUGGAAAAGAAAAAUAGUAAUAAGUGUACAGGUUAGUAUGCCGAUGCUCUUAUAUAAGAAACAAAAACAAGAUUGCAUGAAACAAAAACGCAAACAAUAAACUGCCAUAGUAAAAAAAAGAAAAGCAUGUUACAAGAAAUGGUUUAUUCUAAAAUAAAAAAGAAACAAAAUCUUUAUAUUUUUUGAAAUACUACUAAGAAGAAGAAGAAGAAGAAGAAGAAAUCUGCAUUGCUAAAAGGCCAAAAUGUUCAGUUUUUCUCAGACAUGUGAAUCUGCUUUGGGAAAAAAUUAAACUCGUUUUUAGUUCUUUUUUUGUUGAGAUCAAUUCAUUUCGUAAUUACUAUGGCAAACUAUAGCUGGUUCAAGCACCCCCAUGCCAUUUGCAGGAAUAAAUCAUUAAAAAAGAAUUCAAAUACACAUUCAUAUUGUGGAAAAUAUCCAGACCACAUGGUGCUUGUCAUGAAUGUGGUAUUUUUUUGUUGGCCACUUGCUUCGCUUUAAACAUUGUUUUCAAAUAUAAUUGAUUUGCUUUUUAUACUAUGUGGUUUUGUGCUGUGUAUAUCUGCCAACUAAGAAAUAAUUUGAGCCGGUUAUUAUACUCCUGGUCAGCAGUGGCAGUGAUCAGAGUUCCACAACUUGUAAUCCAUCCCCUUUUUUCUAUAGCAUUUUAACCGUAGACAUUCCCACAGACAACAUUAGGAUGAACAUGGUUACCUACAGAACAAGCAACUGAAGUCCUUCUUUUUCUAAAAUGCCACUUUAUGAAUUGAUAUGACAGACACACAAGCGUGAAGCCACAUUUGAUAUAUGGUAUUUUGUUGGAAGUCAUGCUAAUUUUAGUUUCACCAGCAAUCCAUAAGGAAUCACUGAAGUCAAAGUAUUUUGGUGUAAUUGUGCACUUUUUUUCUUAAGCAUGGUCACUGCUGCCUUUUUUUUACUUGCGUUGAGUUGAUGAGCUUUACAUAAAAAAACAAAAUCAAUAUUUCUUCUGCCAAAGUGAAGUGAGGCAUUGAGACAACAUGAGUAAUCAGGUGUCUUUAGUGAGUUGAAUUUUUUCUUUGCGUUAUACUUGUUAUGUUUUCCCUUUUACAUUCUCAUGGAAAACAAUAUUAUACUUACCAUCUAAGUUCUUUGAGAUCAAAUUCAAAUCAGGAAAAAAUGCAUUGAACCACUGUUAUUUCUUUACCACAAACUGAAGUAAUGUUGCAGUUUCCUGUUAAUUUGAAUUGAUUGGUAUUAAUGGGAACUCAAUGUAAAUAGUGGAACCCCUCACUUUUAACAGUAUAACAUGGCUGUGUGAAUGGCAAUCAGACAUAAAGCAUGGAUUUCUCCGAUGAUGUAUAAGAUAAUCUAAUAAUAAUAAUAAUGAUGCAGCUUCUUUGCUGCUAAAUUCAGUUUUUUUUCUAUUUGUAUUCUUUUCUUUGUUUUACAUAUGCUGCUUUAGCUCCUUUUGUGGUUAUAGUAAACAUUGCCAGUAAUCUUUAGAGAUAAUCUUAAAAUUGUAUAUGGCUGUAUAUAGAAUGUUCUGUAUAUGUAAUGUAUAUGUUGUACACGUGUGUUAGUGCACAAUGUUAAUGCUUUCUGUCCAGAUGGGGUAUAUGUGGACAAAGAUCAGAUUCAAAUUAUUUAUUGUUAUUGUUUAUAAAACAAAAUCAAUGGUCUAGAUUGUGUGGAUUAAAAAGAGAGUUUCUUUUUUCAAGGUCUACCAUUGCUUUAAAGACUUGCUAAAUACUGUAUGUUCAAAACAGAGCUAUCAAAAAGCUAAUCUCUAAUAUAUCAAAUACAUAGCCUGGAAAUCUAUAUAUGUUAUGGCAAUCAUGGUAAGUUAAACAAAUAUUUGUUUAAGAGGUUCCUUGCUAAUUAAUUUCGAAACCAUUGGCAACGUUUAAGCAGUUGCUAGGAACAUUAGUACAAAUCCAACUUCUGGGUUCAUCUUCUUUUAAAACUAGUACAAAAGGCAAAGCUUUACUGCUAAUGCUGAUUUUGUUUUUUAAAGCCAUAAAUGUACAGAUAGCCAUUAACUUAUUUUAUUUAAUGUGAGUGGUUUUUUUUGUUUGUUUUUUGUGAAAGUGUUUACAUUUUGUAAAAUGAAGAUUAGAGAUUUUCUAUAACAGUAUCUAUAUAUUGUAUAGCUUAUAUUUUUGAUAGUUGGCAAGUCAUGCCUUUGUAGUCCUUGAAGAAAGAAAAUAACUCUCUUCAGUAUUAUAAAUCAGAUUUGUGUUGACCAUAUCAGUGCAUUUAGCUUUAAUCAAAAAAAUAAAAAAUACUAAAAACAAGUACCGUUAACAGGGUGUUCUAUUGGUGUGUCUUCAGUUUUUUAUAAAAUGAAUAGCUUGAGGGAAAAAAGCUAAACUUCUAACUGUUGUACCUGUUUCUUGAUGGUACCCAAUAUUCUGGCUCGAUGUCAUUGAAACUGUGGAUGCCAUUUCUGUAGUUUUUGUUGUCUAACCAUUAUCUAUAUUUUGAAAUGAUGUCAAGGUUUUACUUUGUUGAACUACAAUCUACCACCUUCUGUUCUGAUAGUUGUUCUACAGGUGUAAUAGAGAUUAAACAAAAGAAAACAAUUAAUCCAAGGAUGUGCUAGGAACAAAAACAAAUUGAACUGAAAUAAACAUUGGAACUUAUUGAUGUAUCGAA